UUGGGGGGACUCUCCCUCCCUCUCAGUUCGCUUCUCACUGCCCAGCUCAGCUCUAAGAUGGCAGAUGAUCAACACUGUGUUGUGGAGCAAGGCGCUGGGGAUUCAACAAGCGAAGAUGCAGUUGAUGCUAAGCCAGACCGGUCGUCCUUUGUCCCAUCACUCUUCAGUAUGAAGAAGAAAAAUGGCUCAGGGAGACCAAUCAAGACCACCCGGGACCGAGUGCCUACGUAUCAAUAUAACAUGAAUUUUGAGAAGGUGGGCAAAUGCAUCAUCAUAAACAACAAGAACUUCGACAUAGUGACAAGAAUGGGCACGCGAAAUGGGACAGACAAAGACGCUGAGGCCCUUUUCAAGUGCUUCCGAAACCUGGGUUUCGAUGUGGUCAUCUAUAAUGACUGCUCUUGUACCAAGAUGAAAAAUCUGCUGAAACAAGCUUCUGAAGAGGACCACAGAAAUUCAGCCUGCUUCGCCUGUAUCUUAUUAAGCCACGGAGAAGAAAAUUUCAUUUAUGGAACAGAUGGCAUGACACCAAUAAAGGACUUGACAGGCCUUUUUAGGGGGGAUAGAUGUAAAACCCUUUUAGAGAAACCUAAACUCUUCUUCAUUCAGGCUUGUCGGGGGACAGAGCUUGAUGACGGGAUCCAGGCCGACUCGGGGCCUAUCAAUGACACGGAUGCUAAUCCUCGAUAUAAGGUCCCAGUUGAAGCCGACUUUCUCUUCGCCUAUUCCACAGUUCCAGGCUAUUACUCGUGGAGGAACCCAGGAAGUGGCUCCUGGUUUGUGCAGGCCCUCUGCUCCAUCCUGAACGAGCAUGGGAAGAGCCUGGAGAUCAUGCAGAUCCUCACCAGGGUGAACAACAUGGUGGCCAGGCACUUUGAGUCUCAGUCCGAUGACCCGCACUUCCACCAGAAGAAGCAGAUCCCCUGUGUCGUCUCCAUGCUCACCAAGGAGCUCUACUUCUCAAAAUAACCAUUCCAGGGGUGCAUUCUAGCUGAGAAGCUCCAGAUCAUUUGUUGAUGAAUCAGAUUGU